UCACCACGGUCAGUUGUUCAUCUGUCGCGCGUUGCGUCGCAUCAAACUUCAUCGACAAUCGUGCCAAUUUACAAUCAUUGCAAUUCGGUCAUUUUCUACAAAACAUGUUGUUAAUUACUAGAAAAACAUAAUAAGCAACAUUAAACUAAAAAGUUUUGUGUAUCUCGCAACUUUAUUCACUUUUUAAUUAAACUUGUGUUUUAUUUGUUUUAAUCUCGUUUAUAUACUAGUGCACCGGUAGUGUACUCGUAUGUCUGUUCAGUUCCAAUAAAUUACAAUCAAUUGAGUGAACGUGUCGAGCAGUGGCGGCAGCGGGGAUGAACGUUUAAUUAAAAUAUUAAAUAGUGUACAAUCAGUGUGGAAGUUAUUCACUGCGCACGAAUGUCGCGUUUGCGGUGACAUAUCAGUUUUGCCUAUAAAUACAACACGAAGAAGAAAAAGCAUCCAAUAUGGAUUUGAAGCUUCGCCUCGCGAAGAUUAUGUACUUUUUCUUCGCGAUAUCGUUCUUCAUCAGUGCGUUGGUCACGUGUGGAGGUGCGAUGACCAUUCUGCUCAUUGUUUGGCCCUUCAGUAAGCCAUUAUAUAGAAGAAUAGUAUCUUAUUUUGGUUACACAAUGUUUGCACAAGCAGUAUUCAUGUUACGAUAUUGGUCAACGGCUGAUCUAAAGCUGUACAUCGACAGGGAAGUGUACGAUAAGUAUUUGGGCAAGGAGCAUUCGCUCUGCAUAUUAAAUCACAGCGGUGAAUUGGACUGGAUAAUUAUGUCUGCGUUAUUAGACAAGCUCAAUAUUCUCGGUAAUGUGAAAGCUUAUAUGAAAAACGCAGUGAAAUUCAUUCCGUUCGUCGGCUGGGGUUUCUAUUGCUGUGAGUUCAUUUACCUGACAAGAUCGUUCGAGAAAGACAAGAUUAUCCUCAAAAAGAGUGCUCAAGAUCUUUCCGAGUAUGAAGAUCCUAUAACUAUUCUACUAUUUCCGGAAGGAACGCGUUUCUCUCCCAAGAAGCACGAGGAAGCGUUGAAGUUUUCGCGCGAGCGCGGCCUGCGGGAGAUGAAGCAUCAUUUAGUGCCAAGAACAAAAGGCUUCACAACGAGCGUGCCAUACAUGAAGGAUAAGAUUCCAGCGCUCUACGACAUCGAGAUUGCUUUCGAUGGCGUCAAACCGACAAUCACGAAUAUGAUCAAGGCGCGCAGGUUCAAUGUGCACAUGUAUCUGCGGCGAAUUCCAAUGGCGGAGGUGCCCGACACCGAAAAGGAGCAGGAUCUGUAUUUGCGUGAUAUGUUUUAUCGAAAAGAUGAAUGCAUGGAGAGUUUUCGUAAAACCGGAGACUUUUUCAAAUUGACAAAUCAACAACCGCUGGAUCCGAUCACGAUAGAGCCGAACGUGAAUUGUCUGUACAAUGUGAUAUUCUGGUUCAUCGUAUCGCUCUCGCCGAUCAUCUAUUUCCUAUUCAAGAUGCUGCUGAGCAAGCAGUAUUUGUACUUUGUUAUAUUUAUAACGUGCAUUGGUUUGGGCUUCAGGGUAUUAGCAAAGUCAAUAGACAACAUGGAAGUGAAGGAUACGAAGUUAAAGAAGAACAACAACGUGGAAAACGGCGAGAAAAUUAAGUCGUCUUGAAUCUGCACACACACACAUUAUUACACACACACUGAAACACCGGCAACCAAUCUGUCCAAAGAAAUGAAACAAAUGCACUUAAGUACUCUAACUACACGUACAUUCUCAGUAUGAUACCAACGGAUGAAGAUGGCGCAUUUUUUAUAUGUACUCAAUACGCUGACGGUGCAAAAAUGAUGAAGAUGAAGAUUAUUAUUAACCAAAAGCGCGUUUAUGCCGCGAUUUUGACCAACAUGUAUACUGUACCUUUAUAUCAUUUAUUAAUUCUAUAAAUUAACAUAUAAAUUAUUAAUCAUGUAAUUGAUUAAGACAGUUUUAAACGUUGAUAAACAUGUUACGAAGGCAUCGCACUCUAGUCGAAACUACAAAUUCUUAGAGCAGCUGGUUAUUAUAUAAAAUUUUUCCAAUUUUGAAUCGAACGCCGCACAUUUUGAUGCAAUCAAAGCGGCGAGAUUUGUUCAAAAGACUUUGGAUAAUACUGUUUUAAUGUUACGAAAGUUAAUAAUCAGUAACUCAAAACAAUUAUGUACUAUUAUGUAUGACACUUGAGGAAUAAAAGUAAUUUAUUUUUAA